GGGCGGUGAGGGGAACCGAGGCCACCCGGACUUUAUGCGGCUGAGGGCAGCGCUGGUUCCCCGCGGUCAAGAUGUUGCAAAACGUGACUCCCCACAACAAGCUCCCAGGGGGAGGGAAUGCAGGGUUACUGGGGCUGGGUCCAGAGGCAGCAGCACCAGGGAAAAGGAUUCGAAAGCCCUCCCUGUUGUAUGAGGGAUUUGAAAGCCCUACGAUGGCUUCAGUGCCGGCUUUGCAACUGACCCCUGCCAACCCACCACCCCCGGAGGUGUCUAAUCCCAAAAAGCCAGGACGAGUCACCAAUCAGCUUCAGUACCUGCACAAGGUGGUGAUGAAGGCUCUAUGGAAACAUCAGUUUGCCUGGCCAUUCCGGCAGCCUAUGGAUGCUGUCAAAUUGGGUCUUCCGAUUCCCACCCCAGAGGACUAUCACAAAAUUAUAAAACAGCCUAUGGACAUGGGUACUAUUAAGAGGAGACUUGAAAACAAUUACUAUUGGGCUGCCUCUGAGUGUAUGCAGGAUUUCAAUACUAUGUUCACCAACUGUUACAUUUACAACAAGCCCACUGAUGACAUUGUCUUGAUGGCACAAACACUGGAAAAGAUCUUCCUACAGAAAGUGGCGUCAAUGCCACAAGAAGAGCAAGAGCUCGUGGUGACCAUCCCUAAGAACAGCCGCAAAAAGGGGGCCAAGCUGGCAGCACUCGAGGGCAGUAUUACCAGUGCCCAUCAGGUGCCUGCCGUCUCUUCUGUGUCCCACACAGCCCUGUAUACUCCACCGCCUGAGAUACCUACCACCGUCCUCAACAUUCCCCAUCCGUCAGUCAUCUCUUCUCCCCUCCUCAAGUCCCUGCACUCUGCUGGCCCUCCGCUCCUUGCUGUCUCCGCAGCUCCUCCAGCUCAGCCUCUUGCCAAGAAAAAAGAGGUUAAGCGGAAAGCAGAUACUACCACCCCUACACCUACAGCCAUCCUGGCUCCUGGUUCUCCAGCUAGCCCUCCUGGGGGUCUUGAACCUAAGGCAGCAAGGCUUCCCCCCGUGCGCAGAGAGAGUGGCCGCCCCAUCAAGCCCCCACGCAAAGAUUUGCCUGACUCUCAGCUGCAACACCAGAGCUCUAAGAAAGGAACGCUCUCCGAACAGUUAAAACAUUGCAAUGGCAUUUUGAAGGAGCUACUCUCUAAGAAGCAUGCUGCCUAUGCCUGGCCUUUCUAUAAACCCGUGGACGCUUCUGCUCUCGGCCUGCAUGACUACCAUGACAUCAUUAAGCACCCCAUGGACCUCAGCACUGUCAAGCGGAAGAUGGAGAAUCGUGAUUACUGAGAUGCACAGGAGUUUGCUGCUGAUGUGCGGCUUAUGUUCUCCAACUGCUACAAGUACAAUCCUCCCGACCACGACGUUGUGGCCAUGGCCCGAAAGCUACAGGAUGUAUUUGAGUUCCAUUAUGCUAAGAUGCCAGAUGAACCACUGGAACCAGGGCCUUUACCAAUCUCAACUGCCUUGCCCCCUGGCCUGGCCAAAUCCUCUUCAGAAUCCUCCAGUGAGGAGAGUAGCAGUGAUAGCUCCUCUGAGGAAGAGGAGGAGGAGGAGGAGGAGGAGGAAGAGGAGGAGAGUGAAAGCUCGGACUCGGAGGAAGAAAGGGCGGAACUGGAACAGCUGCGGGCAGUACAUGAACAACUGGCUGCCCUAUCCCAGGGCCCAAUAUCUAAGCCCAAGCGGAAGAGAGAGAAAAAGGAGAAAAAGAAGAAACGGAAGGCAGAGAAACAUCGAGGCCGAACUGCAGUUGACGAAGAUGACAAGGGGACUCGGGCACCCCGCCCACCUCAGCCUAAGAAAUCCAAGAAAGCUAGUGGUGGUGGGGGUGCCGGUGCUGCUGCACUAGGGCCCCCUGGCUUUGGACCUUCGGGAGGAAGUGGCACCAAGCUCCCCAAAAAGAGCACAAAGACAGCUGCACCUGCCCUGCCCACGGGUUACGAUUCAGAGGAGGAAGAAGAGAGCAGACCCAUGAGUUACGAUGAGAAGCAGCAGUUGAGCCUGGACAUCAACAAGUUACCUGGGGAGAAACUCGGUGUACGCAUGAUCCAGGCCAGGGAACCCUCUUUACAUGACUCGAACCCAGAAGAGAUAGAGAUAGACUUUGAGACGCUCAAGCCCUCCACUCUGAGAGAGCUUGAGCACUACGUCCUUUCAUGCCUGCGAAAGAAACCCCGGAAGCCCUACACCAUUAAGAAACCUGUGGGAAAGACAAAGGAAGAACUGGCCGAUCCCCGGGAACUAGCAAAGCGGUUACAAGAUGUCAGCGGGCAGCUAAAUUCUACCAAAAAAACCCCUAAGAAAGUGAAUGAGAAAACAGAGGCAUCCUCUGCACAGCAAGUGGCAGUGUCGCGGCUCAGUGCUUCCAGCUCCAGCUCGGAUUCCAGCUCAUCCUCUUCAUCUUCCUCUUCUUCAGACACCAGUGAUUCAGACUCAGGCUAAGGGGCCAGGCCAGAUGGGGCAGGAAGGCUCCGCAGGACCGGACCCCUAGCCCACCCUGCCCCGCCCCUUUCUUCUU